GCCAACGUUUUCUAAUCUGUGGUCGAUGACGGACGAACGGUGACGAGACGGUAGACGAAUAAAUCGUGAUUGUGUUUUUUAAUUAUAUUUUUAUUAUUCUGUGCACCGCGAUAGUAUUAGUUGUAACCAGAGAAUAAUAGCACAAUGUGGGAUCCCACUCACGUACAAGUUACUGUGCAAAGGGCUCGAGGACUUCUAAUAAAAGGUAAAAACGGCACGAAUAACUGUUUUGUUACCAUCGCCCUCGGCAAAGAUAAAUUCCAAACUUCCGUGAAACACAAAGCGACUCAGAAUGUGGAAUGGUUAGAGGAAUGCGAGUUGCGCAUUCCGUCGCAGGGUAAUACGGCAGAGAUCGUUCUUAAAGUGUACACUGAAGAAAUGGUAAAAGACCACUUACUAGGUCAAGUGUCAAUUCCGUUAAAAGACCUAGAUGCAUACGAGAGACCGAAAAAUCGCUGGUACACUCUGCAGGGCAAACCGGGGAAAGAGAACGACAAAAACAGAGGUGAAUUAGAGGUGAGAAUAGCCUUCACCGUGAAAGAAGGCAGUCUAACCGACCUCAGCAAAAAAGAUAAACAUAAGUCAUCUCUGUCAAGUUUGGCCCACAAUGUUGGGGGAAGUCUAAUGAGCAUUGGGAGCAUUGAAAAGAGAAAGGGUAUCAAAAAGUUUGCUAAAAAUCUUGGUUCUAAGAUUAAUUUGACUAAAAAAGAUAAGAAGAGUGAUUCAUCUUCCCUCAGUGGAAGCAUUGGGAACCUUAAAGGUUCUACCUUAUCUACUCCAGAUCACUCUACUCCUAAAAGGAGAUCAGAAGAAGCAGAUCCUGGAGUUAUAAGUGAGGAUGAUGAUGAAUUUGCUUUUGAUGACUUGUCUCAUAAGAGUUCAGGUAGUUCACUUAAUGUCCAAAAUUCUUAUGCUCCUCGAACUUUCAAUAAGUACACACCAUCUCCAGUCAAUGCUUCCCUAGAAAAUCUGGGCGGAGGGGAAUUCUUAAGGAGAUCUACCAGCAGCAGUCUUGUAAAUGCUGACAAACCAGUGCCACAGAAGCCCGUUCGCCUCAGUUUGGACCAAUUUGCGGCACCACGACCAUCUACAAUUGUUCCUGACAAGGAUGAUGAGUGGUCACAAAAAUUAUACUCUCAGCCAAAAACCAAUAGCCAGACAGCCCUCAACAAAGAGAAGUCCUCAAGUUUAGAAAGAAACAAGGCACUUGAUAGUCCUAGCUCUUUGAAAGAAAAGCCAAGUCCUAAAUUCUUUAAAAAAUUUGUUGGAAAUAACAAAACUAAGAAAUUAUUGGAAGAACGUAUUAUUGUAGGUGAGGAAAAUAUUGUUGAAGAAGAUUCUAUCAACCCAGCUUACAACAGCAUUCCUAAAACAGUACUAGAGCAAUUGGAAGGUAAGUCCAAAGAAGACCUGAUUGUUUUGGUUUACAAUCUACAAAAAGAUAUGGAUAUGGAAAAGAAGAAAAGCAAAGACUUAGAAAAUUAUCUCGAUGAUUUGCUACUCAGGGUUAUGGAAACUACACCAAGAAUCCUUCAGAAUCCAUAUGUUCGUAACAACAGCAUGCAUAUUAGAAAUAAGUAAAUAAUUCAAAGAUUUGGAGAAGUUUUGAGUCUUAUAUUCUUUUAUGAUACCAUUCAAUAUUAUUACAUGUUUCACAUCCUGUCCAAAGUUGUUUACUGUUUGUUAGAUUUGUUAGAUAUUCUACAUAUUUUAUAGAUAAAACAGUUUGUUUUAAAGAG